CGGUCAGAGGAAAGUCUCAGUCAAAGGGAGAAGUCACAGAUCUGUGUCUGAGUGUGUCUCUUCUGAGCUGGAACACCUUCAUUCGCCAGGAUGUGCAGUCAUGUAGAGAGACUGGUCUUAGUCUCGUUUCUCAUCAUGACAUCAUCGCCUGUUGCAGAUGGUCAGAUCAGACUAGCUGGGUCAACAAGGUGCUCUGGAAGAGUUGAAAUCUAUCACAGUGGCUCCUGGGGAACAGUCUGUGAUGACAACUGGGACAUAAAUGAUGCUGAAGUGGUCUGCAGACAGCUGAGCUGUGGGAGAGCAGUGAGUGCCCCUUCCUCAGCACACUUUGGUCAAGGAACAGGACAAAUCUGGCUUGAUGAUGUGGCCUGUUCAGGAAGUGAAAGGUCUGUAACUGAGUGUCAGCACAGCGGAUUUGGGACACACAACUGUGGACAUGGUGAGGAUGCUGGUGUCGUCUGUUCAGUUGGUCAAAUCAGAUUAGUCGGGUCAACUCGGUGCUCUGGAAGAGUUGAACUCUAUCAAAAUGGCUCCUGGGGAACAGUUUGUGAUGAUGACUGGGGUAUGAAUGAUGCUGAAGUGGUCUGCAGACAGCUGGGCUGUGGGGCGGCAGUGAGUGCCCCUUCAUCAGCUCACUUUGGUCAAGGAACUGGACGAAUCUGGCUUGAUGAUGUGGCCUGUUCAGGAAGUGAAAUUUAUUUGAUUCAGUGUCAACACAGAGGAUUUGGGACACACAACUGUGGACAUGGUGAGGAUGCUGGUGUCAUUUGUUCAGUGAUCCUUCCAAAGCCCAGCAUCUCCAUGAGUCCUGUUGGGGAGGUGACCUGGGGUCAAAACGUUAGCAUCACUUGUUCAAUCUCAACUCAGCAUUUAGGUGGAACAUUCACUCUGCAGCAGAUCUCAGGCUCAUUCAGGAAGACCCAAACAUCGAGUAGAAACUCUGCUACCUUCAAUAUCCCUCAAGUGAACUUCAACAAUGAGGGAUCGUACCAGUGUCAAUAUCAGACAAGGGUUUCAAGUCGAGACUUCAGCUCACCCCAAAGUAAUUCUGUCAGAAUAUCUGUGACUGUGAUCUUCCCAAAGCCCAGCAUCUCCAUGAUUCCUGUUGGGGAGGUGACCUGGGGUCAAGACGUUAGCAUCACUUGUUCAAUCUCAACUCAGCAUUUAGGUGGAACAUUCACCCUACAGCAGAUCUCAGGCUCAUUCAGGAAGACCCAAACAUCGAGUAGAAACUCUGCUGCCUUCAAUAUCCCUCAAUUGACUUUCAGUAAUGAGGGGUCAUAUCAGUGUCAGUAUCAGACAAGGGUUUCAAGUCGAGACUUCAGCUCACCCCAGAGUAAUUCUGUCAGAAUAUCUGUGACUGUGAUCCUUCCAAAGCCCAGCAUCUCCAUGUUUCCUGUUGGGGAGGUGACCUGGGGUCAAGACAUUAGCAUCACUUGUUCAAUCUCAACUCAGCAUUUAGGUGGAACGUUCACUCUGCAGCAGAUCUCAGGCUCCUUCAGGAAGACCCAAAUAUCGAGUAGAAACUCUGCUACCUUCAAUAUCCCUCAAGUGAACUUCAACAAUGAGGGAUCGUACCAGUGUCAGUAUCAGACAAGGAUUUCAAGUCGAGAUUUCAGCUCACCCCAAAGUAAUUCUGUCAGAAUAUCUGUGACUGUGAUUCUUCCAAAGCCCAGCAUCUCCAUGAUUCCUGUUGGGGAGGUGACCUGGGGUCAAGACAUUAGCAUCACUUGUUCAAUCUCAACUCAGCAUUUAGGUGGAACAUUCACUCUGCAGCAGAUCUCAGGCUCAUUCAGGAAGACCCAAAUCUCGAGUACAAGCGCUGCUACCUUUAGUAUCCCUCAAGUGAACUUCAACAAUGAGGGAUCGUACCAGUGUCAGUAUCAGACAAGGAUUUCAAGUCGAAACUUUAGCUCACCCCAAAGUAAUUCUGUCAGAAUAUCUGUGACUGUGAUCCUCCCAAAGCCCAGCAUCUCCGUGAUUCCUGUUGGGGAGGUGACCUGGGGUCAAGACGUUAGCAUCACUUGUUCAAUCUCAACUCAGCAUUUAGGUGGAACAUUCACUCUACAGCAGAUCUCAGGCUCAUACAGGAAGACCCAAACAUCGAGUAGAAACUCUGCGACUUUCAAUAUCCCUCAAGUGACCUUCAAUAAUGAGGGAUCGUACCAGUGUCACUAUCAGACAAGGGUUUCAAGUCGAGGCUUCAGUUCACCGCAGAGUGACUCUAUCAGACUCUCUCUUACUGUGACCCUUCCAAAGCCCAGCAUCUCCAUGGUUCCUCUUGGGGAGGUGACCUGGGGACAAGAUAUUAGCAUCACUUGUUCAAUCUCAACUCAGCAUUUAGGUGGAACAUUCACUCUGCAGCAGAUCUCAGGCUCAUUCAGGAAGACCCAAACUUCGAGUAGAAACUCCGCUACCUUCAAUAUCCCUCAAGUGAACUUCAACAAUGAGGGAUCGUACCAGUGUCAGUAUCAGACAAGGAUUUCAAAUGAAGACUUCAGAUCCCCACAAAGUGACCCUGUCAGAGUUUCUCUUACUGUGAUCCUUCCAAAGCCCAGCAUCUCCAUGAUUCCUGUUGGGGAGGUGACCUGGGGUCAAGACGUUAGCAUCACUUGUUUGAUCUCAACUCAGCAUUUAGGCGGAACGUUCACCCUGCAACAGAUCUCGGGCUCAUUCAGAAAGACCCAAACAUCGAGUACAAACUCUGCUACAUUCAAUAUCACCCAAGUGACCUUCAAUAAUGAGGGAUCGUACCGGUGUCAGUAUCAGACAAGGGUUUCAAGUCGAGACUUCAGUUCGUCCCAAAGUGACCCUGUCAGACUCUCUCUCACUGUGACCCUUCCAAAGCCCAGCAUCUCCAUGGUUCCUGUUGGGGAGGUGACCUGGGGUCAAGACGUUAGCAUCGCUUGUUCAAUCUCAACUCAGCAUUUAGGUGGAACAUUCACUCUGCAGCAGAUCUCAGGCUCAUUCAGGAAGACCCAAAUAUCGAAUAGAAACUCUGCUACCUUCAGUAUCCCUCAAGUGAACUUCAACAAUGAGGGAUCGUACCAGUGUCAGUAUCAGACAAGGGUUUCAAGUCAGGACUUCAGAUCCCCACAAAGUGACCCUGUCAGAGUUUCUCUUACUGUGACCCUCCCAAAGCCCAGCAUCUCCAUGUUUCCUGUUGGGGAGGUGACCUGGGGCCAAGACAUUAGCAUCACUUGUUCAAUCUCAACUCAGCAUUUAGGUGGAACAUUCACUCUGCAGCAGAUCUCAGGCUCAUACAGGAAGACCCAAACAUCAAGUACAAACUCUGCUACUUUCAAUAUCACCCAAGUGAACUUCAACAAUGAGGGAUCGUACCAGUGUCAAUAUCAGACAAGGGUUUCAAGUCGAGGCUUCAGCUCACCCCAAAGUGACCCUGUCAGACUCUCUCUCACUGUGAUCCUUCCAAAGCCCAGCAUCUCCAUGUUUCCUGUUGGGGAGGUGACCUGGGGUCAAGACAUUAGCAUCACUUGUUCAAUCUCAACUCAGCAUUUAGGCGGAACGUUCACUCUGCAGCAGAUCUCAGGCUCAUUCAGGAAGACCCAAAUCUCGAGUACAAGCGCUGCUACCUUUAGUAUCCCUCAAGUGAACUUCAACAAUGAGGGAUCGUACCAGUGUCAGUAUCAGACAAGGAUUUCAAGUCGAGAUUUCAGCUCACCCCAAAGUAAUUCUGUCAGAAUAUCUGUGACUGUUAUCUUCCCAAAGCCCAGCAUCUCCAUGAUUCCUGUUGGGGAGGUGACCUGGGGUCAAGAUAUUAGCAUCACUUGUUCAAUCUCAACUCAGCAUUUAGGCGGAACAUUCACUCUGCAGCAGAUCUCAGGCUCAUUCAGGAAGACCCAAAUCUCGAGUAGAAACUCCGCUACCUUCAAUAUCCCUCAAGUGAACUUCAACAAUGAGGGAUCGUACCAGUGUCAGUAUCAGACAAGCAUUUCAAGUCGAGACUUCGGCUCACCCCAAAGUAAUUCUGUCAGAAUAUCUGUGACUGUGAUCCUCCCAAAGCCCAGCAUCUCCAUGAUUCCUGUUGGGGAGGUGACCUGGGGUCAAGACGUUAGCAUCACUUGUUCAAUCUCAACUCAGCAUUUAGGUGGAACAUUCACUCUACAGCAGAUCUCAGGCUCAUACAGGAAGACCCAAACAUCGAGUAGAAACUCUGCGACUUUCAAUAUCCCUCAAGUGACCUUCAAUAAUGAGGGAUCGUACCAGUGUCACUAUCAGACAAGGGUUUCAAGUCGAGGCUUCAGUUCACCGCAGAGUGACUCUAUCAGACUCUCUCUUACUGUGACCCUUCCAAAGCCCAGCAUCUCCAUGGUUUCUCUUGGGGAGGUGACCUGGGGACAAGAUAUUAGCAUCACUUGUUCAAUCUCAACUCAGCAUUUAGGUGGAACAUUCACUCUGCAGCAGAUCUCAGGCUCAUUCAGGAAGACCCAAAUAUCGAGUAGAAACUUCGCUACCUUCAAUAUCCCUCAAGUGAACUUCAACAAUGAGGGAUCGUACCAGUGUCAGUAUCAGACAAGGAUUUCAAAUGAAGACUUCAGAUCCCCACAAAGUGACCCUGUCAGAGUUUCUCUUACUGUGACCCUCCCAAAGCCCAGCAUCUCCAUGUUUCCUGUUGGGGAGGUGACCUGGGGCCAAGACAUUAGCAUCACUUGUUCAAUCUCAACUCAGCAUUUAGGUGGAACGUUCACCCUGCAACAGAUCUCAGGCUCAUUCAGAAAGACCCAAACAUCAAGUACAAACUCUGCUACUUUCAAUAUCACCCAAGUGACCUUCAAUAAUGAGGGAUCGUACCGGUGUCAGUAUCAGACAAGGGUUUCAAGUCGAGACUUCAGUUCGUCCCAAAGUGACCCUGUCAGACUCUCUCUCACUGUGACACUGCAGCAGCCCAGCAUCUCCCUGGCAUCUCCUAGCACAGGGCUGGUUUGGGGUCCUGAAGGUGCAGAGGUCAUGAGAGGUGACAACUUUAGCUUCACCUGCUCCAUUUCCUCAAGCUAUCCUGGAGGGGUUUUCUCUCUCAUCUUCUCUGGCUCCAACAUCACCAACACCCAGCCAGCUGUCAAUAACUCAGCCUCCUUCAGCUUUCCUAUAGCUGACUAUGAACACCAGGGCAACUACAGCUGUGUGUAUGAGGUCAUAGUGUCCUCAAGGAAAUUCACCUCAACCUUCACAGCAAUGAGUGUCACCAUUACAAAGGCUGGAUUGAAGCUGCGUUUAAUGGCUGUGAUGGUGCUUGGCUCAGUCUCUCUACCUCUGCUGCUGCUCGUGCUGGUCUUGCCUGUGGUCUUUCUGGUCUUCAGGAGAAGGAAACAAGCCAGGAUGCCUGAAGACCUCGUCCGAUUUCAAAUGAUUUCGAAUAAUUACACCAUCGAUGGUGCAGAAGAGGAUCACUAUAUCAGUUUUAAUCAGGACGACACAAAGAUGAGGGGGGAUGAAGCACAAAAUGUGGAAAGAGCUGAGUGUGAAGAGGAUCGUGAUCAUCAGCAGAGUGAAAAAUAUAAUGAUAAGGGUGCCAACUUUUAAUUUUCAGUUGGAGCGGAAGGUGGGAGAGCUUGAAAGGCCCUGUAAAUAUUCUAUUAACAUCAACGUCCCACAACAUAAUAAUAUUUGUAAUAAUUCAUUAGUAAUUAUCCGUCCAAAUUUGCUCUGUGUUGCUUACAAAAAUGUUUUACUUUAUAAGCUAAUCAUAUUAUCGCAUUGUUGUUGUUCUUCUUCUUCUCUUAAAUAAGUGUUGAACUGUAUUUAAAGGGCCAGUUUGUAAAAAAUUGUUAUUGGGCACCCCUGCUCUAACAUUCCUAAUAUCAUUUUUAUGCUGAUGAUACUGGUUUGCAUUACUAUUGUUUUCAGUGACUUUUCAACAAGACAGUUUUAAGGCUUUAAAGUACCAAACUGUUCUAUUCUGGAAAAAAAAAUAACAGCAUCUCUAAAAAAUCCCAUAUAGUUGUGUUCUAAUAAUGUUGAUUUAAGUACCUAUCCUGUUGUGUUUAAGAUUCUCCUUUUUAACCUUUUCACUUUUUUUUUCAUUUUAAAUUUUUUUGGUUAUUUUUUGUGUUGUGCAUAGCACAGUGAGUUUCUCGUGUGGGGCCACAAUAUAUAUAUAUAUAUGCGCUCAUAAAAAAAAACAUUGUCGUGAUUAAAAUAAAACCACUAAUUUCAACAGUU